AUGUAUGGAAUCGAUAACAAGCUCGGGUAUUUUGCGAACUGUUGCUCGAGGUCGUCGCAAAUCAUCGUGAUGAUGCGAACCGUUCAUGUCCCAGCGGCGGCAAGUCGAAACAGCCAAACUGAAAACACGCCCGAGAAUCCAAGUCCAAUCUAUGAGUCCGCAAACCUUCCUAUGCUGCUCAUUGAAUAUCAAGUCUUUACAGGUACCAAAAUCCCGGGGAAGAAAGACGGCAUGAACGAAUCGAGCGCGCUCUUCAGGGUUCCGUUUUCAUCUGAACCGAGUCCACGGAAGAACGAAAAAAAGCGAAACGUUGAUAGCUCGUGCGCACCAUUAAAAAAACCGACGCCGUGUUGUUCCCGCGCACUCUUCACUGGACUUGACAAGGCUCAGGGUGUGAAGAUGCUGGGGUUUGCGCCAGCAUCUGCUAUUGAAUCAACUGAGAAAGCAACCAGCAAAGUAACACGUGAUCAACCUGCGUCCAAACUCCCGCUAGAGCCGGAACUACGAGGGCUAUACUCGCAAGCUGCCGAGGCUUUCGCAGACGGACGUUUCAGCGAGGCAGCGAGCGGUUUUGAACGAGUCUUGCGACUGCUCGCUGAGCAACAAAAGUUGGAGUCGGCAAGUUCCCGACCGCAGCGGGGAGAUGCCCCGUGGAUCAAGCGGCUAGGUUACCUGAGCGCCUGGAGCCUGGGACAAGUAUACGAACGGAUCGGUGAACCCGCAGCAGCCUUCGAAGCGUACGCGAAGGCAACGCACUACCAACCGAAAACCGUGCUGUUGUGGCUGAAGGCCGCAGCUACUGCUGAAGCUGCAGGGUAUCGAGGCGCGUGUUGUUUCGCCCUGCGCCAGACGCGUGCACUGCUGCGUCAGAGCGAGAAGGCGCUGCCAGCCUGGAAUAUUCUUUUUAGACAGCUGCACCGACGACUAGUUACUUGUCUAGCGCAUGCGAGCAGUGCGGCGUGGCGACGAAAACGCCGGCAUGAAACGCUGGAAAGCGAGGCAGCAGGAACGAGGCGUCGACAAUCACAGGGCGAGAAGGCAACUGAAUCGUCGCAGUCGUCGGUGUUGUCUAUCAUACCAAUGGAUGACGACGGAGCACUGGUUUUCGAUGUAGUCGAUCAAGUGGAUCAAUUGGUACACAAGCGUCUUGCAAUGGAUACAGCAGAGCCGCUGCUCACCGCCAAUGUGUUCAUACGGGAUGAACGCGAAACCGCAGCAUCUUUUUCUGCCAAAGGCGCGCACGGGCACGUAACGGAUGCUCGACGCUCCCCGCUCUCUAGUGUAGGAGCUGCAGCGCUUCCGUCUAGUGGUGUUGGUGAUGAUGCUGCAUCCUUUGAACAGGUGGCGGGAAGAGUGGCUACUGUGAUGCGGACAACGACGGAAUCUUCUUCGUUCGUGCAGGAAGGCGUGUCAGAACGGGUGGAUAGCGGCAUGCUUCGUGCAGGUGCAUGCGUUCCGGCCGAGGCGCAAGAGUCGGCGCCUGGAUUAACGUCAAAGAAAGCGAUAGUGACCAAGUUACCGAACAAGCUCCGUGCAUCUGGUGCUAGCGAAUCACCCAGGGAAGGCUCAGAAGCGGCAGAGCGGCAGCCAGUGGAACACAAGCAUUCGAAACGAACGGCAUGCGAAUCGACUCGUGGUACAACCAGUGACCCUGUGACGUCAUUGACGGCCUCGACACGCGGUCGAGCUGCUAGUGCAACGGCUGCAGUCACGGUGAACGAAGCAAUGCAGCAGCAGCAGCAGCAGCAACGGGGAAUAUGCUCCACGUGUCAAGGAGGCGGCGUAGAGAGCGACCCUCAGGUGGUGGCGGUGGCGACGGUGCCUCCGGCGCGAAGCUCCCGUUCGGGGGAAACUUGUUCAGAGCCAAACCGCGCUGGUGUUUCCACUGCGGAAAGCGAGUCACCUGCCCGUAGAACGCGUCGGUCUCUUCGGUACGAGACAGAGGCUUCGCUUAGAAGUUCUUCAGUCCCACGUUCCAUGAUUAUUGCAGGAAUAUCAGCUGGUGAGAUUCCCGGAGGCGCAGGUGCCAACGGAGCGGCACCAGCAUCGCGUUUGCUGCCAUCCAACGACCAAGAUGCGGCUUCUGCAACUGCAACACCAGAGGCAGCAGCAGUUCUAGAACAGCUGCGUUGCCAGCUGCACGACGCCUUGCGUGACUACGAUGCUACCGAGCAGCAGAAUCCGGCUUCAUCAUCACAGGCAGCACAAGUGAUCGAGUCUGUUCAAGAGACGCCCACAGCUCGGGUAGCUAACGCAACAAUCAUCGACGCUGUGCGCUCCGUGGGAGCGCCUUUUCAGUUCCACGAGUCGCUUCUGCCGCUUACAACGCUCGUGAACCGAAUACUAGGCGAAGCACUUGAUCGAAUGAUGACGAUUCCAGUGCGAAUGCGUACGACGCUAGCGCGAAAGCUCUGUCGCCUUUAUCAUUUAUGGAUCAGUUGGCAUCCGAACGGUACCGGGUCGUUCGUGCUAGGCACGCCAGCGUCUAGCGCGAUACCACAAGAGGAACGCGCUCACUGGUGGCUGGUAUGGAUGUGGCGUAGCCUAGCGCUCCUGGAGGUUGCGUUCUGGGCGGGAGACUGGUCACUGGUGGACGACGUCCUCACAAGGACGCGAGCCUGCUUUGAUGGUUAUAUGCGGGAGGGCCUGUUGCCUUCAAGCACGAUCCGUAUGCUGUUGCUCAUUCGGUACAUGUACCUGCACGCCCUGAACUUGCUGCGGCAAAAGCAUUGGAACGCUGCGAUGGAUGCGCUCAAGAGAGCGCUCGCGCUCUGGGAAGAUGUUCAGCGCCUGCAACGUGAUCAUACGACCGUUUCUGAAGCGCAUUUCGUGGACAGUGCAGGGAAACGUUGUACAUCAGGGCGCCUUCAGCGGGUAUCGGUGUCGCCACAGGAGCCGCCAACCAGUCAGCAGUCAGCCUGUGCUGAGAGAGAGGCUUUGCAAGCAUCCAGCGGAUACAAUGAAUGCACGAUCGCAGCAAGCAUGGAAGCAGAAUACCAGACUGAACCCAGCAAAGCGAAUGAGAGCACAGCUGCGGGGGUAUCGGUGUCGCAGAUAUCCGUUCCGCGGCACGCCGCAGGCCAGUUCGUAGCGGAUGAAGUGCAUCCCAAAGACACUGCAGAUGACACUGCACACGCGCUGCAAAAUGACGCAGCAACGGAGCGUUUCGGGCGAGCAUCGGGGAAAUAUCCGGCAAGGACGGAAACAGCCAUUCAGGGGUCUGUUUCGCUGGGGUGCAGGAACACGGUUGCACCUGUCACAGGGACGACAGCCACACACGCACUUGUUUUCGAGGAUACCUCGCCGCUCUGCGAGGAUAUGUCUGUAACGGAGAGCGAUGCUCCAGUCGAGAGGCUGCUGCGCGCCUGGCGCUUGCGCCGGCGAGCGUCAGCAUCCACUGCACUGCUGGAGUUGCCAGAGGCAUCGGGGAACGCUUCCCAGCUGGCAUCCGCUGAGGCGUGUCGAGCACAGGAGCGCUGCCGUAGCGUUUCCGCAUCGACUGCAGCGGAGAACGGACCGGAGGCAACGAGUGCAUGCCAGGUGCUAUGCAGCUGGAUGGCGGGCUUGCAUCCGGAUCAGCUCCUCGAGCACGCCGCUCUCCCCGAAGAAACAUCGCUGCACCUAGGCAAGAUAGACCUGCUUCGAUGCCUCCAGUAUGCGGCCUUCGAACAACUCUGGAAGAGUUUAGGCGCCUCCGAGGAUACGUUUCAGACCGAGAUGCUGGACUCGGAAGCGAUGCUCAUGCGUCUCUUGUCGUUUUUGGAUCUUCCAAUCGAGACUGUUCAGGUCAGAUUGCGGCAGCUGUUGUCGCGCUAUGCCGGCGGUGCUGCAGUCGUUGCCGCGCAGGAGCUGCAGCGCGUAACGUUGCGAGUCACGGCGGCAACCGCUUCAGCGUCUGCAGCUCCGACUGCACGCUCUCCGGACUCGUCUCCGCGAUUGGAAGCGCAAGCCCAGCGCAGUAGGGAGCCGUCGCUUUCACGCUGGCGAAAGCUAGCCGCUCUAGCGCAGAGCUUGCGUCGGGAACUUGACGCCCUGGGGAAAGCGACACUCGUGGUGCCAGCUCAGCUGCGCCACAAACUCUAUCAGAUGCUCGGCGUGUCGUUGCCGCGAAUCCUAGACUUGCUCUGGGAUGUAGCCCCGUCCGAGUCGAUCAUUGAGCAAAACCUGCAUGAUCAGCUCCUGGUCGAAUGGGCGGCAGUGUUUGGUCUCUUUGUUGUUGGGCGAGAGCGUUUCAUCCGAACGCACGCUUUCUCAGACUCGGAUGAAGCUGUUCGCUGCUCCGCCGGUGCGUUUCUGCAUCAGCUUCUGCACGGCUUGGCGCUGCGGCUACAGCGUGGGACGGCCUUGUCCAUGGAACGAAGAGCCUCCGAACGAAUGCGGCAGGCUUGUAGCCUCCUUUACCAGCUCUAUGCGGGAAUGCUGUGGGAGCGGCUCUCUGCAGAGCAAGGAGCGCGUUGGUUUCUUGGAUGUUCGCUGUGUAGUCCGGAAUGGGAUCCUUCUUGGUUUUCGCGUCUCGACUGGGAGCGCAUUCAAUGCCUGCAUGUGCUUUAUGGCCUAGACUGCUCAGCGAUCGGACUGAAAUCUGGUCCACCAGUGGCAGCGAGUUGCAGUGCAUGGACCUUGGCUAGAGCGCUGCGUCCAGAGCAGAUGGUGCUUCCACCGGAGGCGCUCUGUCCGGCGCUGACCCUCGGUCAGUCCGAACUUGACGACGUGCUCGCGAGUCGCUCACGACCCCGUAUUCGCACGCUAUGGCAAUGGACUGGGAAAUUGAUCCAAGCAGCAAGCGGUAUCGAGCAGCGCUAUCUGUUGCCCUGUUAUCGGGAUCUGCUUCUGUAUCAUUUCCGGCUGCAGAUGGAGUACCUGGACCUGGAGUACAAGAGAGUGGCUGAACCAGAGCGACGGGCUCGACUGCUACCAACCGAGCUGCUAGACGCGCUUCAGACACUCAUUGAGUUGCUGCUUCCUUUCUUCAUUGGAUCGGCAGCUUUGAAGCAGGAUGCUCCGCAGCAAGAACGAUGUGUUGGCCGGAAGCGCCUACAGGGGCUGUUGUCCCCUGAGGCCGACAACCCAGCCCCACGAAUUAGCCCGUAUUUUCGGGCGACACGGCACGAGUCGCCCGGUGCAGCCAAGUCGUCAACGGAAACAGCAUCGGAGACAGCCGCAGCCCCGACGCCAGCUACAGAAAUGGGCACAGCGGCUUCUGCUCCCGCGGCAGCAACGCAAAGGAAAGCAACCGGCUCGGGCAAUGCAUCCGAAGCAGGAGUAGCAGCGGUCGAGGCUGUCGAUCCGGAAGCUGUUUCACGAGAUACCUCUGCCUCUGCGAUAGAUGCUCCGUCUUCUGAGGCUGCUACCGCGGCUGUUGGCAUCGUUGCUGAUCAUCCCGGCAAAGGUACGAUUGAGCGUACCGAGCAGCAGCUCGCAUGCAACUCGGAAGUAUCAAACCUCGAGGACAGACGCGCACUCUGUCCGCGACUCGAUGAUUCCGAGUUAACACUGGCACUGGCGACCUGUAUGCGUCAUGCUGCACAGUUUUCACUGGAAACAGCGGAACUUAUUGGCAACGCGAACCGCUUUCGUCUUCACAGGUACGUGGAGUGGCUGCUCACAGCACAUCGGUUCGCUGUGGGCGUUCAGACGAUCGCGUCUGGUGGCAACAAACACGCCCCGGAUGCAGUAAUCAUAAUGACGAGCCACAGCGGUACCGCUGGACACGCGUCGGCUCCUGAAGCAGCCGCUUCCGUUUCAUGCAGACACGCCACGGGCGCAAAACGUACACCAAACGCUCACGCUGUCCAUACUGCUGCUCACUGGGAGGCACUCUACUGUGCCUAUCUCUUACUUCCGAUACAUAUCCCGGCUGCUGCUUGGGAUACACUUGCGCCGGAUACAAAGCGCGCAGUUGAAUCCGCGCGUGCUUCCAUGCCCAACCUGCUGUGCACAUUGCGGGAACAAGCGCACGGGAAAGACGAUACCCCGGAUGCGGAAGACGCACCAGCAGCGGAGUCAGAAGUAGCGCUUCUGCUCGAUUACUGGCAAUGGUUACGGGAGGUUGGCGAAGCCGCGCCCCCCGUGUCGUACGCAAGCAGUGUCGAGCGUAUCGCCGAACGACUUGCGCGCUAUGAACACGCUUUGCCGCGACUUUCUCAGCAACUGCACGGCCAGGCCCAGUUGCAGUACUCACCGUGGCUCGAGUACCGACUCGCAGUGCUGGCGAAUGCGCUCUACCAAGCGCUCGGUUGGAUCCCGAGUUCGAAGAGCGCACAUCCUGGAACGACGACGACGCGGUCGACGAGGUCGAAUGGAUCGAACGAUGAGCUUGGGUCUGUGCUGACGCAACUUGCUGAGCUGCCGUCGUAUCGCAGUGCCUACCUGUACGCCUUGGGCGUCUUUUGUGGUUAUCAGGACGCUGCGCGAGCGAUCACUGCCCUGGAGCCGUUGUUUCGUGUGGAUGCGUCGAGCGCUUCGCGGCACGGCUAUUUUUGGUUGAUGUGGAACCACCGGUAUCUGGUAGCACCGGAGCAGUUGCCGCAUGCACCGUUGCUCUACGAUAACCACUGCUUUGCGUACUGGCAGUUUCGAUGUUUUGCGCUCUAUGUGCGGUUACUCGAAUGCACCCUCCGUUACGAUACCAUGCUGGCGCUGGAACGCACUUUGUCGCGGCGGAUGCAACGUCACAAUGCGUUGGAUGCGGAAUGUCUGACCCUGAUUGUAGAGCGGAACCUUUUCGCUUUUGCGAACGGCUUUGCUGGUGUCGCAUGCCCCGCAGCUGCUGCACAGGAACUGAUCCAGCCGGUUACCGCAACGCAACUCGUUCGGCCGGUGGAUUUGCAACUCGUCUGGGAGCUCUACACGGACGCUGUGCUCGUGAAUGAUCUCCUCCAGGAUGCAGGUUCGAUGCUUGAUUCGCCGGACGUUGCUUGGACAGGCUCUGCGGCGUUGGUAGACGCCUGUCCGUGGCCCCUGACUGGCCACAACUUGCCACAAGUCGGAGAGAGCUGCGGUGAAGCCGUUCUUGAUCUGGCCGAACGUCUCCUGAUCAUCGCUGCGGAGGCUGAGGGUGCAACGAACGAGCACGCGCUGCAAGUGCUCCAGCGUCGGUGUCGUCACUGGUUUGGGCGUUCCGUCUAA